AAUGGAUAGGAUUCAAGUUCUGAUGAAUCAAAUACAAAAGGGAUUCAAAAUGUAGUUGUCAUCCGUGACUACGCUUACGCAUCCUCCCACCCUAUGCAUCGAGGCAUCCCUAUAUCCCCCAUAAUAGAAUCAACUCGGCCCACUUCCGAAAUAUCCUUGUCUUCGUCCGAAUUCACUGGCCGGCAAGCAAAGGCUCUUUAUGAUUUUGAGCCAGAAUCCGCAUCAGAAUGUGCACUGCGGACUGGGGAUAUCAUUUGGGUGCAAUAUAGACAAUGUCAGGGUUGGCUAGUCGCUGAUGUGGGUGACGAGACUGGCCUAGUGCCUGAAGAAUUUGUUGAAUGGAUCUAGGUCUAUCCAUUCUAUGUUUUCCACUUUGCCGGGCAAAAAAAAAAAAACCAACCAAAAAACCGUGAUGAAAGAAAACAAAGCGCACGCAUCACAAGCGCCCCAAAAAAAAAUAUUAUUAA